CACAUCUACAGCGCCCCCAGGUUCUUCCCCUCUCCCACUCCCAUCUUCUUCACCCUUCCGUUCUUUCAUUCGAUCCUUCUUUUCUCCUUUUCUUUUUCUUCUUCGUCUCCACCCAACUUCCUGCGCCGCCGCAACGGUCUUCCUCUUCUCAUUCCCUCUUCUUCUUCCUCCUUUUCUUCCUCUUCUUCUUUUUCUUUUUUUUUUUCUUCUCUUAAAUUUUUCUUACAGAGCACGCUCCCUUCAAAAUUACCCGAAAAAACUACCGGAUCAAAUCCAACCUCCGCCAAAUCGCCGCCGCCCGGUGAUUUUCGCCGCCACCUUUCAACCUUGCUACGCCAUCGGUUGUUCGAGAGAGGUUCUCCUUCAGCUGGUUCGACCGAGGGGAAAAUGCAAACGGGAAACUCUUCCACGGAAGAAGAUAAGUUUACAGUUAGGAAAUUGGAGAUCUCCGACAAGAACAAGGGUUUCAUCGAGCUACUCCAGCAGCUGACCGUUUGCAAUCCCAUAUCCGAGGAGGCAUUCAAAGAAAGAUUUUAUGAAAUUGCCAAACCAGGCGACGACCAUCUCAUAUGUGUCAUAGAGGACAAAGAUUCUGGAAAGAUCGUUGCUACUGGGAGCAUAUUCAUCGAGAAGAAGUUCUUGAGGAAUUGUGGCAAAGCUGGUCACAUUGAAGAUGUGGUGGUGGAAUCGAGUUUUCGAGGAAAGCAAUUAGGCAAGAAGAUCAUAAAGUACCUUUCGGAUCAUGCCCUGGCAAUGGGAUGUUACAAGGUGAUCCUGGAUUGCAGCCUCGACAACAAAGCAUUCUACGAGAGGUGCGGAUUCAAGCAGAAGGAAAUUCAGAUGGUCAGGUACUUCACUUGAUGGAUGCAUCAUCUUCUCUACUUUCAAUUUAAUAGAAGAGCAAUAAUCUGAUCAUAUUGUGUGUUCUGUUCUGUGCAUCUGUUUAAACCUUCAAUCAACAAAAGCUGUUCAUUUUUGGAGAA